AUGUGUGUUCCUAUAAACAAGAGAUUAAUCUAUGAUGGCGAUUUAAAUGGUCAUGUUGGGAGGAGGAAGAAUGCGGAAAGAAGAAUUCUUGGAAGGUGGAGUAUAGGAGAAAAGAAUGGAGAAAGAGAAAGACUAGUCGAUCAUGCUGUGGCUUUUGACUUUGCGCUAGUUAACACUUACUUUGAGAAGAAAGGGAAUCAACUGGUUACAUAUAUGAGUGGAGGUAGAUCCAGCCAGAUUGAUAUUUUCUUGUGCCGCAGGAGACAUCUGAGUGAAAUUGAACAAAGGAUCAAAUUGGGGAGAUUGAAAGAAAAGGAGGAAUUAAGGAAAGAGUUUAAGGUAAAAGUGUUACAAGAAAUCCAGUUCCCAUGUGAUGUGCAAACAUGGUGGUUGCUGAAUAAUAAUUGCAUUUUGAAAGUUGGAAAAGAGGUUUUGGGAAAAUCUUCAGGGAAGAGACCGCCAAAAAGAGAGGAACUUUGGUGGUGGAAUGCUGAGGUACAAUCCGCAGUUAAACGAAAGAAAAAGUGGGAUUUCAUGGGAAGGCCUGAAGAUAAAGAAACUUACCAUUUGGAAAGGGCCAAGGAAAGAUGGAAAGUAUUUUUUAGAAAUUUAUUGAAUGAAGAGAGCCCCAGAACUUUAUACGAGAAUGGAGAGGAAAAUGAAGGAGUCGUACAAGAUAUUAGCAAAGAAGUGGAAAGUGUGCUUAGGAAAAUGAAGAUGGGGAAAGCAGUUGGCACUUAUCGGAUUCUGGUUGAAACUUGGAGAGGUUUGGGUAAGAAAGGAAUUGAUAUCCUCUGGGACCUUAUGAAGAAACUCUGGCAGCAGGAGAAGAUCUCAGAUAAUUGGAGGAAGAGCAUUCUGGUACCGAUCUUUAAAGGUAAAGGGGAUGUACAGUAUAGCAGAAAUUACAGAGGUAUAAAGAUAUUGUCCCAUACUAUGAAGAUUUGGGAGAAAAUUGUAGAAAGAAGGAUUAGGAAGGAAUCUGAGAUUGGAGAAAGACAGUUUUGCUUUUUGCCGGGAAGGAGUACGACUGAUACUAUCUUUGCUCUAAAACAGCUGGUGGAAAGGCACAGAGAAUCUGUUAAGGUGGGCCCCUUGAGCAAAAAGAUGCAAGAAUGCAGGUUGAGGUGGUUUGGCCACUUAGAGCGAAGAAGCGACAAUUAUGAUGGAAAGAAGAUCGGAAAACUGGUAAUAGAAGGAAAAGGGAAAAGAGGAAGACCAAAGAUGCGUUGGGAAGAUAAGGUGAAAGAAGACUUGAACCAGAGGGGACUUAAGAGAGAAGAAGCCCUUGAUAGGGAAAAAUGGAAAAAAACGUAUUAG